UGUGUAGGUGACAGGUCCACUUUAAGGCUCAAAGCACUCUGUACUACUUGUGGUAUUAUGUGACUUCAUUUGGAAGCGUGCAACAUAUUGUGUAAACAUAUUUUCUGCUAAAUUUGCCAUAUCUGAUUAUUUAAAUUGUGCCAUCAAAUGUAACAAAACAAAAGCAUGAAAUUGGAAUCGGUUUAGGCAGUGACCAUCCAUGAUGAGCAGCAAUCAUAGUAAUCACCAUAGGCACUAUAGCAAUUACAGCCCCUUUGGGUUUAAUCAUUUUAAAUGUAAAUGCAUAUGCUGUAAAAAUUAAAGAAAAUAGCCUUUCUAGGAAUCCUUUCACUUCUGCAACUGCAUAUUAAACCCCCCAAAAAACUCCUCUGUACGCAGUAUAUCUAUGAAUAAUCUUUUUCUGCAGCAUGCCCAGGUGCAGGAAGCGGUUAUCAGAGAAACGUGAGUGCUCCACAAGUGCCUAGCAGCCUCAUUCCACUUAAUGUUGUUAUCCUGUGCUUCACUUCUCUUCCUGCCGGAUUACACAGCGAGUGCAAUGGGAGGUUAUAUUUGGAGUGCUUGAGCAAAGGAAAAUGAGCAGAAAACGCCAGAAAAACAGGAACGAAAAGAUGAGACUCUGGAAAAUAUAAAUACUAAAGAAAUAGAUAUAUAUUGAAAUCCAUUUGCGGUUUGAAAAUUGAUACUGCAUUCAAAAGUCCUGGAAUGUCUGUCUCCUCUAAUUUGAUUUGUGAGCAAGAAAAUGAAAGUGAAUAUUCUUGUUUGUAUAAAUCAAAAAUAACAGCGGAAAUAGAAAACCAUGAAGAAAUAGUACAAGAUAAACAAUAUGAAGAUGAAACUGAAUCACGUGAGCACAGCAUAUUCCCUACCUCUUCAACACCUGAGGAAUCGAUAAAUGGUGAUUUACAAGAUGUCAUUGCUGUUCCAACAAGUGAAAGAAAUGAUGAGUGUCAAAAUCUUCAAACACAAAUUAAUUACAGCGGAGAAGUGACAACACAGGUAACAUCUGACGAUCUGCAUCUGGAAAUCAGGAAUGUGUCCUCGUCACAUAGUAGAACCAAAGUUGUAAUAACAAAUCAGAAGUCUCUUAAGAAGAGUCGCAGUUACCAUGACAGCCAGCAUCAGCAAAGCCAACACAAUGCUUACAACAUAGAUGCUUUUGUAGAUGAAGUCAAUGGAAAUGGAAAAGAAAACACAAAUAAGCAAAAUGGUAAAAUGCCUUUAAUAAAAGUACAGAUCACAGGAGAAGGUAUUGAAGUGAAAUAUAAGACUAUUGACCGUCAUCUAACGGUUCACAUUGAAAGAGAUAAUGAAAGGGAAGAAAAAGAAGCACGUUAUUCUAAUAGCAAUGAUGACUUGCAAGAAGGAUCCUGGAGCUCUUACAGUUCAGAUGUUAGUCCUUAUCAAAGAGAAGAGAUUGGUUGUCCUGAUUGCUGUAUAGACAUUCCUCCCCCAGAAGAGUUUGCUGAUGGAAGAUGUGCAUCCCCAAAUACUAAUGUUGCAAAUGAGGCCUUAAUCCAUGAUGAUUUGAUAAGGGAAUCCAGUUCUAUACCAUCAAUAUUCUCUUCUCAUUCUUCUCAGUCAGAAACUGAGAAGAGACCAAAAAAAGAUGAAUGCUCCAUAGCUGGACACAUGCCAGUGUUAGAUAGUAGACUUUGUUUGUCCUGUUUGAACAGCUGUACCCCUUGCUCUCACCUCACUAUGAAGCCAUAUAAAAUGAGUUGCAAUCAUAUUUCAUCAAUCUGCCCUGAGGAAACAAAUGCAAGCCCAUCUGGUUGCAUUCACCAUCCAAACCAAAACUUUUUAUUUGACUCUAAAGUAGUCAGAAGAAAAACAUUGCCAGAAAUCUAUUAUAAUCCACACAUAUAUUCUUACAAUUGUAGACAUGCUAUUUGCAAACAUAAAGACCAGCCUUUGGCUUCCAGCACUCUACCCCCAGGACUGUCCUCUACCUCUAACUGUUGCCCUGAAAGAUGUCAGAAACAUGGUUCUUCUAUUGAGCUCCGCAGAUCAUUUACUGAUUUACCUUGUAGGAACUUUGUAUAUGACCAGCAUGAGACAGAGAGUAAAUCCAUUUUAUUGCAUUCAGAAAUGGCAGCUUCACACUUUGUUAAUACUGUUGAGGAUACUUACUUUGUUAGCAGUUGCUCAGAUCCUCCAGAUCCGCCAGAUAUGGGCUCUCUGUGCUCUUUGCAUAAUUUAGAGAUCAAUAACGAACACAAUUAUGAAGAAGAGGACUUUGAGGACCUAAAACAUAAUGAUCACAUUGACUUCACUGAAAGUGGAUUUGAUGAGGAAAUGCAAGAUGUCGAUAAUGUUAUUGAAACCCAAGAGUAUUCAGAAUUGCAAAAUAAAUGUCUUUUAAUUCAAGUUACACCACCCUCAAGAAGUGCUUCCAGAGAAUAUAUUCUUGAGAAAAAUGUCAAUAUUCAACUCCCAAAUGAUUGUGUGCAAACAUCUGUAUCACAGACAACAGAAAUAUCUCAAUCAAAUUCAGCAAUACAUGAAAUGUCACAGAGGAAGCGAAGAGGUUCUGUUGUUACUGUCGUAACAAGGGACCUAGAGCAAAGACUAUUAGUCCAAGGAGAUAACCAAGCUGUCAGUGAUUCUAUUUCAUCUCGAGGACAUUGUGAAUUGCAUAAAGAUAUUCAAAGAUCUUCAUUUGUACAAAGAAACUCUGUGUUAACACCUGUCUUAGAUGUUGAUAGUUCUUUUGAGGAACAGAGUCAACCAACACAUAAGGAUAUUUCUUCCCAGACAUCUCAGUCUUUUGACCCUUUUUUAGCAGUGGAAAAUCAAAGCAACUUCGAGGACACACAAGAAGCUGGUCAAGUAGAGAAAGGUAGUGAUGUGAAUUUUCCAGCUGAUGACACAUCUCCGAGAAAUAGCUCUGAUAGCGCUAUACCAGGGACCUCUUUUGAGUCCAUAGCAGGUCAACUUUCUUCCUUGAAAAAAUCAGAUUCUGAAGAAAAUGGAGUGAAACGUGCUGAAAAAAAUGAGAUAUCUGAAACACCAAAGAAGUUUGGCAAAAAAGCAUCAGAUGCAAAACCAGAAUUUGUCAACAAACAUUUGAGAUUACCUAAGGAAUCAGUGCUAAAAGAAUCAAGGGCAUGUGAAAUUGCCCAUGAAGAAGCAUCCGAUCGAUGGGCUAAGAAAAGAAAACAGUUUAAAGAAACCAAGAACUGCAAUUCAGGAGGGAGUUCGGUUACAAGCAACAUCACUGAAGAAUCAGGAAACUCAGAAGAAACUCGUUCAGUGGAUCUGGGAGUGCGUUCUGAUAAGGAUAAAGGAUUGUACACAGAAAGCUUUCAUUCCAUUUCAUGGAUCUUUAGAGGUGAUGACUGCAGCCCAGAUAAUAGCCCUAGAUGCCUGAGUAAAAGGCCCAGAUCAGUAGCAAUUCGUGAACGUACUGUGCAAAUAGCCAAAGGGACGGGGGACUAUCCUUGGGGAUUCCGAAUUCAGUUUUCAAAACCUAUUCUUGUAUCUGAGGUUGAUACAAAUGGUGCUGCUGAAGAAGCGGGGCUGCAGGUUGGUGACAUUGUAAUGGCUGUUAAUGGGACCGAUGUUACAAGUAUUCCACAUUCUGAAGCUGCAUGCCUAGCACGGCAAGAGAAAAGCUGCAGCUACAGAACAGUGCUGGCUGUGCUUUCAAAACGAGUAUCCCCCAUGUAUGGUCCAAAAAUAGGAAAUAUACAUCAGUUCUUUACUUUCGACAUUAAUCAUGGUCCAGAUCUAUUGACUCUUGUGGUUGGAUCCGAUAUCAGUCGAUUUCCCACCACCCCGAGGCCAUCGUGCCGGGGAUAUCUACAUAAGAGAACACACUCGGGCCUGCUGAAAGGCUGGAGGAAGCGAUGGUUUGUUCUGAAACACGACGGCAGUUUGCAGUAUUAUAAGCACAAAAAGGAUGAAGGAAAAUGUCGACCUCUUGAGGUGACUAAACUGGAAGGCUCAGAAAUUGGCGUGGAUACCAGUCUGGGAAAACCAUUUGUGUUUAAAUGUGUCCCUCAGUCUGGAAAUCGCAUCUUCUACUUUUGUGCAACCUCAAAUCAAGAGAUGAAAAGGUGGCUUGAGGCAAUGGAUAAAGCAGUUCAUCCCCUCACUCAGAACCACGUGUGGGUAGAUGUUACUAUGCACAACCUCGGCCUGCCUCCCCUCGCCAUCAAAAACCCAGAGUGCUUGGGGCUCCUGCAUCAGCUGGACAGAAACAAAGACGUGUGGAUGCAUCACUACUGUAUUCUGAAAGAUGGCUGCUUGUAUUUCUAUUCUAGCAUCCGAUCGACCAGUGCACUUGGUGGUAUCUACCUGCAGGGAUACACCGUCACUGAGCAGUCGGUUAAUUCCCGCCGCUGUAUCAUUGAGCUCAGGCCUCCAUCAGAAGAAUUUAAAGCUUUCUACUUGAGUGCGGGGAAUGCAGCCGAAAACAAACGCUGGAUUACGGCAUUGAAAAUGUCAAUUAAUAAGUGGUUACCCCUUCACCAAGCUAUUCAAGACUUCAUGAGCCGACCUCUGGAGGAGAGCAGAAUGUAAAGGAGUAAGUGUAAUGAUUUAGGACUGAUUUAAAAACACAGUUAUAAUGGAAGAUCCUGAUGAAAAACCUGUGACAGUGACUGGAUUUACUGUAUAUGGACAGAAACAGAAGAUUUUUAUUAAGUGACUUCCGGUUACAUCUGCUCUGUCGGCCAUUUCUACAUUUUUUUGUAUAUAAAUGCUCUGUAUUAUUAGAAGGACUCAAUACGUUUAAAGAAAAUAAAACUUUUUGAUGCAAUCCAAGAA